AUAGAGAGAGAGAGAGAGAGAAAAAAAAAGGGCAGACUGGACAGACUGCAGAAGGAGCUCAGGGCUGUGACCGCCGAGGCUGCCAUAGCUGUUUCCUUUCGGAGCUGACUGCAGGCUUUAAGAAAUGUGCAUCAAACGUGAAUUGUUUCCCGAUUUACUGCAGAGUGCUGCUGGAGAGGAGUGGUCAGGCACGGAGAUCAGUAUGCACUUUUAGGUUCGACGUCGCCUUGAACGCAUCGCAGCGACAUCGCAGAGCCUCAAGUGCUGUUGAUUUGCGAAGUUUUGUGUCUAGCUGGCGAUGAUUCGCAUCUGAUUGUUGCUCAAACUAUCCGGAGAGGACCGCAGACGGACGCAACGCUGCAUUGUGGCAAACCGAGACGCAGAUUCCCUGACUGAGGACUUGCACGAUCAGCUCUCCCCAAGAUGUCAUCUCAUGCGAAAGUCAAGAAGGACAAAGAGAUUAUUGCCGAGUAUGAGACACAAGUGAAAGAGAUCCGUAACCAGCUGGUGGAGCAGUUCCGUUGUCUGGAGCAGCAGUCUGAGUCCCGGCUGCAGCUGCUGCAGGACCUGCAGGAGUUCUUCCGUCGAAAGGCCGAGCUCCAGCUGGAGUACUCCAGAGGCCUGGACAAACUGGCCGAGCGCUACUCUUCUAAGAUCCGUACCUCAAGAGAGCACCAUCACUUCAAAAAGGACCAGAAUCUCCUCUCCACCGUCAACUGCUGGUAUUUGGUCUUGGACCAGACCAGGCGGGAGAGCAGAGACCACGCAACUCUCAGCGACAUCUACAACAACAACGUCAUUGUCCGUCUGGCACAUGUGGGCGAGGAUGUCAUCAGACUCUUCAAAAAGAGCAAAGACAUCGGGGUGCAGAUGCAUGAGGAGUUAGUGAAAGUCACCAAUGAGCUCUACACUGUGAUGAAGACGUACCACAUGUACCAUACUGAGAGUCUCAGUGCUGAGAGCAAGCUGAAGGAGGCAGAGAAACAGGAAGAGAAGCACAUUGGUAAGGCCAAUGACACCGGUUCCAGCCUGCUGCGGUAUGGUCUUGAUGAACGUCCACAGCGACGGAGCUCCGUCAAGAAGAUGGAGAAAAUGAAGGAGAAGAGACAAGCCAAGUACUCUGAAAACAAGCUGAAAUGCACAAAGGCCCGGAACGACUAUCUUCUCAAUCUGGCAGCUACCAAUGCACUGGUUGCCAAAUACUACAUCCAUGAUGUGUCAGACUUGAUAGAUUGUUGCGACUUAGGUUUCCAUGCAAGCCUGGCACGCACUUUGAGAACCUACCUGUCUGCAGAGUAUAGUCUGGAGACUUCUCGCCACGAGGGUUUGGACUUGCUGGAGGGAGCAGUAGAUGCCAUGGACAUCAGAGGAGACAAGCUGAAGUUUAUGGAUGCACACAGCCAUUUCUUUUGUCCUCCAGCGCGCUUUGACUGUCAGCCACACAUGGGUGAUGAGGUGUGUCAGGUGAGUGCACAGCAGCCUGUCCAGACAGAGCUCCUGAUGCGCUACCACCAACUGCAGUCUCGCCUGGCCACGCUGAGGAUAGAAAAUGAAGAGGUGAGGAAGACUCUUGACGCCACCAUGCAGACCCUUCAGGACAUGCUCACAGUGGAGGACUUUGAUGUUUCCGAGGCCUUCCAGCACAGCCAGUCCACAGAGUCGGUCAAAUCGGCUUCCUCUGACUCCUACAUGAGCAAAGCAAACAUUGUGAAGAGACGAGCCAAUCAGCAUGAGACUGAGGGCUUCUACUUCACCAAAUACAAGGAGUACUUGAAUGGCAGCAAUCUCAUUAUCAAACUGCAGGCCAAGCAUGACCUUCUGAAGCAGACGCUAGGAGAAGGGGAGAGGGCUGAAUAUGGAACAACAAGGCCCCCCACUCUUCCCCCUAAACCCCAGAGAAUGCGGAAGUCUAGACCUCGCUCCGUUUUUAACCGUAAGCUGUUUAACGGCAAUAUGGAGGCCUUCAUCCAGGACUCAGGGCAGCCCAUACCAGUGGUGGUUGAGAGCUGCGUUCGAUACAUCAACCUGUAUGGUCUUCAGCAGCAAGGUAUAUUUCGAGUUCCAGGCUCCCAGGUCGAAGUCAACGAUAUUAAAAAUGCAUUUGAAAGAGGAGAGGAUCCACUGGUGGAUGAUCAGGCUGAUCAUGACAUCAACUCAGUGGCAGGCGUUCUUAAGCUCUACUUCAGGGGGCUGGAGAACCCGCUGUUCCCUAAAGAGCGUUUCCCCGACCUCAUAUCCACAACCAAGCUCGACUCAGGUGCAGAGAGGGCUCAUCACCUUCAGCAGAUAGUUGUGACUCUCCAGCGGCCCGUGAUCAUCGUCAUGAGAUACCUGUUUUCAUUUCUAAAUCAUCUUUCUCAGUACAGUGACGAGAACAUGAUGGACCCCUACAACCUGGCUAUUUGCUUUGGCCCCACAUUGAUGCCAAUACCAGAUGAGCAGGACCCUGUGUCCUGCCAGGCACAUGUUAACGAGAUCAUUAAGACCGUUAUCAUCCACCAUGAGGUCAUCUUCCCAUCUCAGCGUGAGUUGGACGGACCUGUGUAUGAAAAGUGCAUGGCUGGUGGGGAAGAGUACUGUGAAAGCCCCCACAGUGAGCCAGGAACUCUUGACGAGGUAGACAAUGGCACCGGACCCAACACUAGCGAUGAAGAGUUGGAGCAGAUUGAGGCCAUUGCAAAGUUUGACUAUGUGGGCCGAAGUCCGAGAGAGCUUUCCUUCAAGAAGGGAGCCUCUCUGUUACUCUACCUGCGAGCCUCCAAUGACUGGUGGGAGGGCCGACAUAACGGUGUGGAUGGGCUGAUUCCACAUCAGUACAUUGUGGUACAAGACAUGGAUGAUGCAUUCUCGGAUAGCAUUCAGAGGACCGAUAGUGCGUCCAGCAGUGGACCCCACCACGAUGAAAGAGCCUCGUCCAGAAACGACCGCCGGUCUCCAUGUGAACACACACCGGAACGCCAAUUUGGAGCAGCACUGGGAAGGGUGAGGGUGCGAUCAGAUGGAGCUGCAGGUCCGCGCCACAGGAACGGCGCUGACAGUCACAGCCCCAACAGAGCUCCAGACCAGCCCCCUAGGGUUAUGCCUCGGCCCUGCAGCCCACACAAAAUAGCAGUUAGCCGGGGCCAAACAGACAGUCCGGAGAAACGACGUCUCGCCGCAUUUGGCAGUGCUGGCUGCAUCAACCACCCCGACAGAAGGGCCUUCGUGGACAGCCUCUCUCAACGAUCGUCACCCAGCACCACUCGGCACGCAAGUUUAGGAGAUCACAAAACCCUUGAGGCUGAAGCACUCGCUGAGGACAUAGAGAAAACAAUGAAUACAGCUCUCCAUGAGUUGCGUGAGCUGGAGCGGCAGAAUGUAGCCAAACAUGCACCCGAUGUUGUUUUGGACACAUUGGAGCCCCUCAAACACCCUGGUGGAGCCCAGGAUCCGCCUUGCAGUCCUCUCCACACCAUGGUGAUCAGGGAUCCAGAUGCAGUACAGCGACGUAGCAGCAGCAGCUCCUCCUCCGAGACCAUGACCACUUUUAAACCUGCUAUAUCAGCACGUAGACCGAGUGCACCUCUAAGGCCCCCGCCUGUCAGACCUGUCCGGCCUGCUCCUGUGAUUGGACAGGGCCAAGGACCACACCGCUCCAGCAGCUCUAGUUCCUCUGGUCUGGGCAGCCCAGGCAUCACACCCACUGACAGGGGCUUUCCCAAACCACCCUCCCCAUCACCAUCCACCUCCUCCUCAUCCUCAGACAAACAAGGUAACAUGUAGCUCCAGUCGGUCACAAGUCAAGUGGUUGAAGAAUACUGUGGGUACCAAGCGAUUGUGAUUACCAUCAUGCCCCUGCACCUCUCUUUGACAGCAAAACAAACAUUUGACACCUGGUAUGUAUAAUCUUGUAAAGUGUAGGAUAGCUACUUCUGGUUUCUGACAACUUCCCUCCGACACAUAAACUUGUUGGUAAACAAGUCGAUGAACUGCAUUACAAUAUUUCACAGAAAUAGGAUAUAAUUCUACUAGAAUGAUUUAAUAGAAUGCUACCGUGCUAAACAGCCAUGCUGGAUAAAAAAAGGGAUGCACUGGAAAAUGCUUCUGUUUACUGAAAUCUGACAAUGAAAACCUCAUGUUAUGAAGUUACAAAAAUGCUGUGAGCCUGGAUUUGUGUCUGGUUUUAUGUUCCAUUAUGAAGGAGCACUUAUGGUUAUAUUACACCACUAAUUAUCUAGACAUCCAGUCUGCUGGUUGAUGUAGUCUAUUAAAACUAAACAAACUCAUUUCCUUAAAGAGCCUGUCACAUAGUGUCACUUUAUAUACCAACCAGCAAGUUUUAGGUUUCCAGCAACUGGCAGAUACGGUGGCUGUGUCUGAAAUAACUCUCAAUUUACUAUGUCGAGCACUAUAUUAACUGACCGCCAAUUUAUUUCAGUGUAUGAAUUUGCGUGGGAAAUUUACAUCGACUGUAUUUAGUGCCCUUAAAAAAAUCUAAUAAUGGAAUGAAAGAAAUUAAUGUGCAUGCCAUGUUAAGUCUUUUCUGCCAACAGUUCCACAAUGCAAUGCAUCACUUUUUAUAGAUGCGAAAAAUUGUUAGUGAUGACGCAAACUGAUUCAUAAGUGUUGGACAUAUUUAAUGUUUAAUAUGUAGUAAACUGUUCUGUUUCAUGGGAAUGUGUGAGCGAAGAUGAUUUUAGACACAGCCAUGGAUUGGAUGAAGAUGUAGUUCUUCUAAUGGUCAGUUGAUGCUGGCUCCAAGGAAAUUACAUCCGUAUUUGAGCCACUAUUUAAAAAAAAUUGGAAUGGAAGUGUAUAUAUAAACAAACUUCGUCAGGCAGCAGGGCUACACCCCAGCACUCCACACCAAUCCAACCCGAGGAUACUGAGUACGAAGGGCUAAAAGCAACUCUUAGACAACACCAACUGUCACUGGGAUUGGCAAAUUUAACUACAAACGGCUUUAGCAGAAUAAGUUCAAAAUACUUAAUUAUACAAAAAUCUUGCACAUACAGUUAUGGCUUUAAAGUAUAUUGAAAUAAUCUCCCAACAUCUCUCUUGAAAUGCUCAAUUGUUAUUUUUUCCGCAAGACUAAGCUGUUCUGAAGAAACAGUCUAGGUAAGCUCCUUUUUUUAUCAGAUACAAGUGGUGCUGCUGCCGUUUGGCCACCAAGGGACCAGUCUUACCAGCAGGAGCAGUGGUAGCAUCACUGGCCAAUAGCCUCGGUACGGGUCAGGUUUACUGGUAGCAGUCCAGCUACACAGUCAGCAACAACCUGAGACUCUGCACCUUUUUGUUGCAUUUUCUCAGCAGUGGACCAUAAACGAUACAAUCUCUUUGUGACUGAUAUUUAAUAAUAAUUUCUGCAUGCAAGCUCUUCCUAAAUGUACUUUUUAGGAGAAAAAAAUCUGCCAAAACUAUAUUUUCAUUUAUCUCACAACGGGUCAGUGGACGACAGAAGUAGACCAGGCUUCAAGGCUACUCAGUUACAAAGAGAACAUUGACAACUAUCGUGGACUUUAUAGACAUGCCACCCUUAUAACUAAUACACAGAAAUAAAAAAUAAAAUCAGCAAAAUGUUCUUAUAAAAAUAGUAAUCUCUCUAUAUAAAAAGAUUAGAUGUGUUACCUCAAUAAAAGUGAAAUGUUCUCCUUCAAUUCAAGUGAAUAAUGCACUUAGAAACACAACAGAGAACUGCGCUGCAUUUGUAGGUUCUGUGUGUUCAUUUUGAUGAAGUUGUACUAGAAACAUGAUAUAGCACAUCAUUAUCAUCGAAGCUUGCAUAAUGUCUAGAUUGCACAUGGUCAGUUCAGGCUGUGUGGGUGUUUAGAUGAAUUUGUUUACCGUUGAUGUUUUUUGUCUGUCUUAAAAGGAUAAUCAAUAUAUCACUGUAAAAGGUACAUUGGAUUGAAUAUAUACAUACAGUUACAGGAUACUUGUAUAAAUAACAUUGUAUGAUAGGAACAGGAUAUAUUAUCAUGUCUAGUCUGUAGAUUUUUGUUACUCUUAUCCUUGCACAGACAUUAACAAAUCAAUAAA